AGGCUGGGGGGGGGGGUAUCGAGCAGGCAGGCGCACGCCUCCCUUCUUCAAAAGGACGUCGACUCGAUGUUUCCCCGAUGCGCGCUCACGUGAACGCGCCCACGUGAACGCGACCGUUGCGCGGAACGACCGGGCAGGAGGACUGAACGAAAAAAAAACAGAGAGAACAUAUUCACAAAACAACAUCACGCCUUAUUUUAUUUCGUUGAAACAGACGACGCGUGAUAGAUAAAUAACCGCUCUACUAUAACGACACCAGCCUGUAGCAGCAGCAGCGGCGGCGGCAGCAGCCUCGUGUUGACAUCAACAUCUCCUGCGAUGGUCGGAGCGGGCUCCGAGUCGCCUUACCCUGGCACUUGCAGGGUCCCACCACGGCGGCGAUGAUGAUUACGACGACGACGAUGAUGAUGAUCUGGGCCGUGCUGGGGGUUGCUGCCGGAACGUUCAUCGCUUUCCCGACGGCGCUGGGAGAAGGCGGGGCCGUUCGGCGAUACGAUGCGCGGCCUCCACCACACAAAGAGUCGCUGAUCGAUCCCCGCACUCUUUAUGGCAGCGACGUUGAUGAAGCUGUUGUUGUUGGUCAUGCUGGUGGCAACGGCGACGACGACGGUGGUCGUGUUGUCAGAGGAAGAGAAGCGACACGGGGGGAAGAGACGAGCACCUUUGACGAGGAUGGAGGAAGAGGAGGUGGUGGCACGUUCAGGAAUCUGCCGUCGGCGGUGCCUCCGUUUGUCCCGGCGAGGGCUUUUGAGGUUCGACGCAAACGACAGGCGGCGGGGAAGACGGUCAACGCCGAGAAUGCUCGCUCACCAACACCACCAGAACCAGCACCACCGUCACCAUCACCACCAUCAGCAGCAGCCACAACGGCGGCGGAGGACGUGAACGCCAAAGCGGAGCAGGCGGACGCAACCUCAAUCCCGCACUCGCCACGUCCGGCGCUCGCUGAUAACGGGACGGAGGUGGACACUGAAGUUGACCUCUCAUCACCCGGACAGUCGUCCUCUUCAUCAUCAUCGGAUAACAUCACAGAAGCGAGUGACCACUCGCCAAAGGUCAUCACCCCGAAGACGAAGAGCGCAAGCGGACGCGCGGAGAGAAUCCCACGGGCGAGGAAUCCAUUCAAGCCGGUGACGAGCGAGACGUACGGCGCCUACGCGAUCCUCGGCUUCUCGCUGCUCCUCUUCGCAGUGGGCCUCGCCAGCAACCUCACCGUCAUCUGCGUGGUGUGCAACAACCGCUACAUGAAGAACGUCUCCAACUCGCUGCUGGCCAACAUGGCCUUCUGGGAUUUCCUGGUCAUCUUCGUGUGCCUGCCGCUCACGGCCGUUCACGAGCUGUCCAAGCGCUGGGUGCUGGGCGACUUCACGUGCAAGCUGGUGCCGUACCUCGAGGUGGCCAGCCUGGGCAUCACCACGUUCACGCUCGCCGCCCUCUGCCUCGACCGCUUCCACGCCGCCACCAACGUGCGCCUGCACUACGAGCAGACGGAGGGCUGCAUCUCGCGUGGCGGAAAACUCGCCGUGGUGUGGCUGGGUGCCCUCGUGCUCUCCACGCCCGAGCUGCUCAUCCACGGCCUGGCGGGCAGGGACAGCGUGAGCAACAACAACAACCACCACCACUACCAGGACCACCAGAACACCCAGCAGCAGGGGGUGGCGGUGGCCGGAGGCGCUUCAAAUGCCGCGGCCGGCGCCGGCUCCACGCUGCCGUACGACCGCUGCGAGAUGCGAGUCCCGCACGAGCUGCCGGACUUCCUGUACAUGCUCUCGGCCACGUACCGCGCCGCACGCCCGUGGUGGUUCUUCGGCUGCUACUUCUGCCUGCCCAUCGCCUUCACCGUCACCUGCUCCGUGCUGACCGCGCGCAGGAUGAAGGGAGCCGGCGCCGCCGCUCACAACAAACCUUCGCCGGGCGAAGCGGGCCCCGCCACGUCGCUGACGCGCGGCAGCACCCGGCAGCAGCUGCGCCUCGAGCGGCAGAUGAACUGCGCCGUCGUGGCCCUGGCCACCGCCUAUGCCUGCUGCCUGGUGCCCGAGAUCGUGUGCAGCAUGGUGUGGGAGUACGCCGGCGUCGGGGGCGGCCAGUCGCCUGCGCUCGACGUUCUGCACACCGUCGCCCAGUACCUGCUCUUCUCCAAGUCGUGCCUCAGCCCCGUGCUGCUGCUCGGCCUCUGCCGCGAGCUGGCGAGGGCGGCCCGCGCCUGCUGCUGCUGCUGCUGCCCCUGCCCGGAGACGGGGGGCGGCGAGGGUUCCGCGGAGGCGCCCUCGUCGCCGGCGCCGCCCGGCGGCGGCGCGGUCGUGGCGCUCUCCCCGUGCGUGGCGACGGUGGCGAGCGACGAGAACGAGAACGAGCGGCCGGCCGGGGAGAUGGAGCUGUUCACGUUCAGCACCGUGCAGCGCGAGCUCACCACCUUCUCCACCGCUUGAGUCGCCCGGCCCGGAGAUC